CUUCCACACUUACCAACUCGCCUAUUUCGAGAGCACAUUCUACGCAAGAGCUCAAAUCUACCGUUGCGAACGUACAGCCAAUCACUCUAUCCAUGGCUGAACUCCCACAAGAAAUGAUCGAUCGCAUCUGCGACUACCUAAGCGUUGACGACCUCAAGCAGACCCUCACCGUCUCGCGAAACUUCCAAUAUGCAUCGGAACGCGCUUCUGGAGUGUACACGAGCUUUGAGCUGACGGAAGAGAACGGGAAGGAGUUUGUGGAGCUUUUUAGCGGACGGAGAUCUGGGUAUUUGCGGCAGGUGGUGUUUAGGUGCACUAUGCCGCCGUAUGUUGAGGAAGAAGAGGAUGUAUGUGAUGAAGAGGAAGAUGGAGAGAACGGAUCUGCAGAAGAGGGCAAUGAAGCUCGUGAGAGUACACACCGCUUCCGAGAAUCUGCUUGCGAGCUUCAAGAGAAAGACGAACUCUUCACCAAACAAAUCAACCUCCUCUUUUCCACUUUGCAAGCCCUGGAGAAGCGCGUGAAACGGUCCGGAAAGCUCAAUCUCACCAUAUACACUCCCGUCAGGGAAGUCCAAGCGCCCCUCCAGCGAAAAUUCAUCAGCUGGCGUCUCCACCUCCUCAGUCCCACCACGCUCCCACAACUCGCCUCAAUCCGCGGUCUCAGUGUAGAGAACGGAGGCGUCAUACUGCCCCUGGAAGAAGACAAAUCGCUGCUGAAGCUAGAUCUCCGCGUCCUGAUCGACCUAGCGGUCAAGCUACCAAACCUCGAGUACCUAAGCUGUAAACUCGGCAGCGGCGAAUGGACGAGCUAUCAUUCCUUAGAGGCAAUCCAACACUACACUCGUGAUGCAGCAGGCCCUCGUCGCGACAGCCGGCACGACUUCGCCAAGGCUCUUGAAGUUGCCACGCUGCCUUCAAAGCUGCGGGAAGCGCGUCUGGAUUUCUUGUCCCCGCUCUUUGAGGCUGACCGCAUCGACCAUCGGGAAGAAAUGCCAGAUCUCGUAAGCCCGGCCACGCACGAUCCGUUCAGCUCGAGUCUGCGUCUACUGUCCCAGCACCUGCGCAAACUACAACUUACAGCCGUUGCCGAUGAGACGCUAUUCUGGCCCGCAGACGGCGGAGAAGCUUUCUGGCCAUGCCUAGAGAUACUAAACGUUAUGUUCCACAUAGCCAGUCCUUCCGGUCUCUGGUACUUCGACGGACCCAAGGGCAUAUUCCGACGCAGGAAGGGUCUCUCUAUAACGGAAGCGUCGUAUCCGCCCUUGGAAGACACCUCCGACGAUGAGCACUGGUACGAAUGGGUCGAUGAUCACGGCCUGGACACAUGCACCAUCACAGACGCUAGGUUCAGAGUCGUGCCCAACGACGACGUCCUAGUCCCCUUCUUGGCCUCUUUCGCAAGAGCCGCAUGCAAGAUGCGAUCUCUGAAGGAAGCAUGCAUAUGGACGACACUCUAUUUCAAUAGAGGUAUUAAAGAUCUGCCCCGCGAUCCAGAGUACGACAAUAUUUUCGACAAGUGGCGUGCCUGGGGAAUUGCGUUUGUUGCGCCGUCCAUACCUGUCAACCACUGCUUUCCUGGCGAGGGCAAUGUCCCAGAGAGGCAGCUAUGGUGGGUGACGCCCACUUGGCGUCCGGAUGAAGAGCUGCAGCAGCUAUUUAAGCAGAUUGGUGGCCAGGACACGGAACUUGUUGAGCACUGGGACAAGAGAUUGCCCUUCUUUGGAGCGUUCGAGUUUAUUGCCGCCUUUUGAGAAUUUCGUCUUGAUUGGGAGUUCGAAAAAGAA